UCGAGGUCACCGUUUCUAACUGUGCGAAACAAAAACGGCAAGAACAAUUUUGAUUCUGUGGUCAGAAUUCGACAGAAUUUGCCGAAAUGGAUGUUGCAGAUCAGAGAACUGGUGUGACACAAGUUAAGGAUGCCGUCGCAGAAAAGUGCCAGAAGUUGUUCCAGGACUUUUUGGAGGAAUUCACAGUUGAUGGCGAGUUGAAAUAUCAACAAGGAGUUGAAGAGUUGAUCAGACCAGAGAGGAAUACGCUGACUGUCAGCUUUGAGUAUAUCCAACAGUACAAUCAACAACUGGCUACAACAAUCCAAGAAGAAUACUACAGAGUCUACCCUUUCCUCUGCACAGCCGUCAGAAAUUUUGCCAGAGAUCGAAGCCAGAUUCCACCUUCCAAAGAGUUCUACGUUGCCUUUGAAGACGUUCCAACGAGACACAAAGUGCGCGAGUUGAGUACAGCUAAGAUUGGCACCAUAGUGCGCAUCAGCGGUCAAGUCGUACGAACGCAUCCCGUCCAUCCAGAGCUGGUCAGCGGGACGUUUGUUUGCUUAGACUGUCAGACAGUCAUUAAAGAUGUGGAGCAACAGUUCAAGUACACACAGCCAACCAUUUGCCGCAAUCCUGUCUGCAACAAUCGCAACCGUUUCAUGCUGGACACGAACAAGUCGCGCUUUGUUGAUUUCCAGAAGGUUCGCAUCCAGGAGACUCAGGCAGAGCUCCCCAGGGGAAGCAUCCCAAGAAGUGUGGAGGUGGUUUUGCGUGCCGAGGCAGUUGAGCUUCCGCAGGCUGGAGACAAAUGUGACUUCACUGGUACCCUCAUCGUGGUGCCCGAUGUAGCUCAACUUUCAGUACCAGGUGCCCAACAGGAAACUUCCACCCGGAGUAAAGGAGGCGAAGGGUACGACCAUGAGGGUGUGAGAGGGCUCAAGGCGCUGGGCGUACGGGACCUGUCCUACAGGCUCGCCUUCCUGGCCUGUAACGUCACUCCAUCAAACCCAAGAUUUGGCGGUAAGGACAUGCGUGGUGAUGAGAUGACAGCCGAGGCCAUCAAGAAACAGAUGACCGACCAGGAAUGGCAGAAAGUCUAUGAGAUGAGCCAAGACAAGAACCUGUAUCAUAACGUCAUCACCAGUCUCUUUCCUACAAUACAUGGUAGUGACGAGAUCAAGCGAGGUAUUUUGUUGAUGUUGUUUGGUGGAGUUCCCAAGACUACCAUGGAAGGCACCAGUCUGCGUGGAGACAUCAAUCUUUGCAUUGUUGGAGACCCCAGUACUGCCAAGAGUCAGUUUCUGAAAGCUGUGGAGGAGUUCAGUCCACGUGCCGUAUACACCAGCGGAAAGGCCAGUACGGCAGCCGGUCUCACUGCAGCUGUUGUCAAAGACGAAGAAUCGCAUGAGUUUGUCAUUGAAGCCGGCGCCCUCAUGCUGGCCGAUAACGGUGUGUGUUGCAUUGAUGAGUUUGACAAGAUGGACCUUAAGGAUCAAGUGGCUAUUCAUGAAGCCAUGGAACAGCAGACCAUCUCAAUCACCAAGGCUGGCAUCAGGGCAACGCUGAAUGCUCGAACAUCAAUCCUGGCCGCAGCCAAUCCAAUCGGUGGCCGUUACGAUCGAACGAAACCGCUGAAGCAGAACAUCAACCUGACCGCUCCAAUCAUGUCGAGAUUCGAUCUGUUUUUCAUCCUGGUGGACGAAUGUAAUGAGGUAACUGACUACGCCAUCGCUCGUCGUAUUGUGGACCUCCAUUCCAGGAAUAAUGAGUCUGUGGAGAGGGUGUACUCAGUGGAGGACAUGCAAAGAUACCUGAUGUUUGCCAGACAGUUCAAACCAAAGAUCACGAAAGAGUCCCAAGAGUUCAUGGUUGACGAGUACAAGCGUCUUCGCCAGCGAGAUACGUCCGGUGGUACCAUGUCAUCAUGGAGGAUCACCGUCAGACAACUAGAGAGCAUGAUCCGACUGUCCGAGGCCAUGGCCAGACUGCACUGCCAGGACGAGGUCCAACCCAAACACGUCAAGGAAGCGUUCCGUCUCCUCAAUAAGUCCAUCAUCAGGGUGGAGCAACCCACCAUCAACUUCGAGGAUGAGGAAGAAGAUGGACAAGAAGAAUUGGAGCCGGAGGACAAAGACACCACCCCCAUGGAGACCGACAUCCCGGCCACGCCCGUCGAAGACCCAGAGCAAGCCAAGAAGAAGGGCAUGCAGAUGUCACUCAACGAGUACCACACAACAUCAAAGUUUUUGGCUAUGUACGUCAGGAAGCAGGAAGAAAAAGAAGAGGAAGGAUUUGAAGGCAUCCGUCGGAGCGAGUUGGUUAACUGGUACCUGAAGGAGAUGGAGUCUCAGAUUGAGACAGAAGCUGAGCUCAUAGAAUGCAAGGCCAAGGUGGAGAAGAUCAUUAAUAGAUUGAUCAAAAAGGAUCACGUCUUGAUAGAGCUCUCUGUGACCGGGCUGAAGGAGCGCAAAGCAGACUCUGAAUCGGAAGGCAUCGUUGAUGAGAAGGACCCCCUCCUUGUCGUACAUCCCAACUUCACUAUGGAGGACUGAGGAACUGAUAAGAGAGAGUCUUGUAAAAACGUCUGAAAAAACUUGAGAUGAAUUCAAGAUAUAUAAAAAAAAAUUAUGUUGGUUUUGGAUCAUGAACGAAAAGAAAGACUCUGCUGGGGUCGAAUCAUCAGGCCACUAACUAUUUGUUGUGUUUAUGGAUCACAUCACAGUUUCCAAAAUACAGUGUAUUCACUCGAAGAGUGGGGUUUUAAGCUUUAGCGAUUUAUCAAACUUUUGCCCGUUUGAUAUAUUGAAAAGCUUUUUUUUUUAUAUACAGAAUUGUCAGAUUAAAUUGAAUUUAAAAAUACAGUUCAUUUGUAUUGUGUGAGAGGAGCUGUUUGAGCUUUUCUCAAACUAAAAAGAAUAUAUUAUCCAAAUAUGGAAAUAUUGAGGGGACAAUUGAAUAUACUUCUCCACUAGUGUUAAAUAAUAACAACAAAUAUACCUUGUAGAUGUACAUGUACAUGGUCUCCCCCAGUGUAUCAUGGCCUGAGUGGUCUGGCGCACAGAAUUUAAGUUCUGGUGGUCGAGUCAUCAUAGUCUGUAGUCUUGGUUCCAUGACCAUUGUACUUCUGACUUCCGGAUCCCACGGCCUCGCAUAGAUCGGAACGUUGGUUGUGUGUGACCGCACAACACCAAUGGUCACUUUGGCCAAGUGGUUAAACUGCAGGACAUGCAAUCACAAGGUUGUGGGUUUGAAUCCCCAGCUAACCGCUGAUUUCACAAUGACUAGAAUAAAUAUUGUC